CGAAUAUGGAGCUGCCCAAGUUGUCGAUCCGUAAUAUGGAGAGUGAUUAUUCUUACGACAUUGACGAUAUUUAUCGCGCUGACACUCAGUACGGUGAAAAGAUUAUUGUAAUAUCUGACGAUUGGCAAAUAUAUCUGCCAAACAGAUUCAAUGCCAUGGGCGACGAUGAUAUAGACUUGAUUAAUAACAACUAUUUUUCGCUCUAUAAAAAUAUGCCAGAGUCCCAUUGGGGUGGUCUGGCUCCACUGGGCUUCGAAUAUGAUGGAAACUUUAAAGCAGCAAAGCAGCUAAGAAACUGGCUCAACUCCUUAAGCGAAAACUAUCAGCCCUCGGUUCCUAUACAGUUUAUGGAAUGUGAUUUUAUGUAUCAGAUUAAUAAGAUCUAUCCAGUGGCAAGUCUUUACUAUGCUGAGUGUCGUCUAGCAAAAAGCACAGACUGCUACGUACAUCUGCCCGAAGUCUUCAACUAUUUGAAUAAUGCUGAUAUACAUAAGCUAAGCAGCGGCAACUUUUCAAUAGUUAAAACUUAUGAAUAUUAUGGUGAGGAGCAAAUGAUCUUAAUAUAUCAUGGUAAAAAAAAUGACUAUAAUAUAUACUUGAACGAUUGUAAUGUGCACAAGCUUCGCAACAUAUUGAAAAAAUUUCGUUAAACUAACAGAAAAAAGCAAAAAGUGCAUUGAAAUGUUUUCAACAAAUUUUGUAUGCAAAACCAAAUGAAUAAACCAAAGCUAAGCACAGUAUUCUUCGCCUAA